CUGUUUGUUUUUCUGUUCCAGAUAUGGGUGUAUGUGUAGCUUGAAGCCCAGGUGUGACUCCAGGCUGAAGGGCUUCCAAUGGCUACUGGAAACGAUGAUCCACACCUGGGCGACGGCCCAUCCGAGAACUCAGAGAUCACCACGGAUGAUUCUGACUCAGGGAGUGUGCUUUCUGAUGACUCAGUGCUUCCAGACAUUGAAAGGGAUGCAAAUUAUAUCGAGCCGGCUAAAACGCUGUUUGAGGCCUGUGCAAGGAAUGACACCACAUCUCUGCGAAGCAUCCUGGAGAGAGGAGUCAUGAAAGAAGAGGCCAUGGAGCUAAACAUCAACGGCAGGAAUGGACUGAUGGUGGCCGUAGGGAAAGGCUUUGUGGACAUUGUCUCCAUGCUGCACACAUGUCCAUUCAUAGACAUCAACCACCAGGAUAAUGAUGGCAACACGGCCCUCAUGAUUGCUGCCCAGGCAGGAUUCAUCACCAUCCUUAACUACAUCCUUAACUACUACUCUGGCGUGGACACUGAGCUCAGGGAUCCUCGUGGCUUCACAGCCCUCAUCAAAGCAGGCCUACAAGGCCGAGAAGAGUGUGUGUGCAGCCUGCUAAUGCAUGGUGCAGAUAUGAAUGCAAUGGACCUGGUCCAAGGCAGAGGUCUGAAGGAUUGGGUCCUUAGGACGGGAAGGUUUGAAACUCUGAACAGAAUACGCCGCCUGCAGGGCCAUCCUGUUGCUGAGCAGUUCUGUGGGACCUACAUUCCUGAGUGGCCUGAGCUGAAGCAACUAGUAGCAAAAGCCACCGCCACCAAGACAGCCGGUCAGAAGCUAAGGCAACGCCUUAAAGACAGUCUUAGUUUCAGCUUUCCACACGACCCCCAGGACAAUGGGGUGAUGGACCACAUGGUGCGAAUAACUACAGGCAUCCACAGCCCCCUCGUAGCUACUGGUUGUCGUCCACUUUGUCCCACUAGCCCUCCAGAGAUUGGCAAACGACGAUUUGCUGUACCUGAGCUGCUUAAAAAGCACAGCGUUAAAGAGCUGGAGGAGAGCACGGUGUCUCACAGUAACGGUUCCAUCCAUUCAGCGUCUCUCACAGGUCUUUCAGCCACCUCUGUGUCUCUGACCUCCUGUUGCCAGGAAUCACAGCGCAGGGAAAGCAUUACGGCCGGUGGCAUGAGAAGCUUCAUUCCGCGAAGCAUGGCACACAGAAACAGCAUCUUCCCCUCAGGCUGUAUUCCAAAGAUUGAAGUGACAAAAUCUGGGGAGCCCACUCCAAAGAAAGAGAAAAAGAAGAAAAGGCAGAAGGGCUACCUGGAGCCUCCAGUGUGGAAGUACAAGGAGGCCAAAGAGGAGAAAAAGAGGGAAAAGAAGCUGCAGCAGGAAAAGGAAAAAGAAAAGGAAAAAGAAAAGAAGUCGAAGGGGUCAAAAAAUUCAUCAAGCCAAAAAUGAGUCCGUUUUCUCUUUUCCAUAGAGAAUUUCACUGUGAUAAUGUCACAUAUGAAAGAUAACCAUGUGAUUACAGUUAAUCUAAUGUCAGUUUGAGCAAGACACAAAGGAAUUGUGAAACAAUUAUGGAAAUGACCAGCUGACAAAACUCCUGGGUGGUUUUGAGCUUUGGAUCGGGAUGCGAGAAAACUGGAGUGACUUGCUGUUUGAAAACUGUGUGAGUUUAGAUACAUACAGCUCCAUGUCUGGCUGUUUAUCUCCAGCCUGUUGGAUUAAUAGGUUUAAUGGGGAUGCAAAGCCAUUUGCAAACACAAUGCAAUAAUAUGAAAUGACAGUAUUUUAUUUUAAAAACACUGUACUUUUGUGGUAAUUUUACCAAUCUGUGUUUUGUGAAUGACUGCAAAGUAGCAUACCAUGAUGGUAUUUAACUACAAGGUAACCAAAUAGCCAAUACCAUACACUGUAUAUACUGCAUGUGAUGAAAUGCCUUCAGGAAACAACUUUAUUCCAGAGUUAAUCAGUGUCAUAAGAGGCAAGACAUCUGCCUGCCCUAUGUGCUCUAAAGGACACUAUAUUGUAGCCGCAUUGUACAUGGGCCAGGACAAACGUUGUGAAAGUUCUUCACUGUCACACAAACUGCUUCCUAAAAGCAAUCCAAUCUUCACUCUAUGCAACUAGCAUCUACCAGAUGUCUUCAUGUCUUUUUAACUGAAAGGUGGAGUAUGUGACUCUAAUCCAGUACACUUUUUUAAAAUCAAAUUCACGAAAUACCACAUUAUGGCGGGCUGCACAGUGGAGCAGGGGUUAGCACUUUCGCCUUGCAGCAAGAAGAUCCCCGGUUCAAAUCCCGGCCUGGGCCUGGGAUCUUUCUGCAUGGAGUUUGCAUGUUCUCCCUGUGCAUGCGUGGGUUUUCUCCGGGCACUCCAGCUUCCUCCCACAGUCCAAAAAUAUGCUGAGGUGAAUUGAUUAGUGUAAAUUGGCCAUAGGUGUGAAUGUGAUUGUUUGUCUGUAUAUGUAGCCCUGUGAUAGAUUGGCGACCUGGCCAGGGUGUCCCCCCUGCCUUCCCCCGAGUCAGCUGGGAUAGGCUCCAGCCCCACCACCACCCCCACCCCCCGCGACUCAAGUGAGGAUAAAGCGGUGUAUAGAGAAUGGAUCGACGGACCACCUUAUGGCUGAGUAGCUAUCCGUUCUGAUUCUAUAAAUAGGAAACAAAGUGACUCCUAUCUGACAAGACAACAUCAUUCCAGCAGGUCAUUUUCAAUUUCAAAGUCACGCAAAUUCAGGUUUCUGUACAGAACGGGCUGAAAGGAGGCAGGAGUGAGAAACCUGGAACAUUCCAGCUAUCUAAAUAUGCAAUCUAGCUAAAAGUCAAUAAUAGAUUUUCACUUCUAGAGUCACAGACUUCACCUUUAACUCUAAUUCUCCAAAUCAUUUCGCUGUGUCACACAAAUGAUUUUUGCAAAAUGCUGAAAAGGGAACUGAACCUUAUCGUUGCACCAUCAUUUUUAAUGUAAAAAUAAAAUAAAACUGUCCACUGAUAUGCAAAUACAAACACACGUCCGCAGCCUACCGCUGCUUUAUGUACGCUGAUGUGCUUGGAAACCAGAACUGCUGCUUGCAAUUUUAUUUUCAAAGAAACCUAUAGAAGACCUCUCAUACGCAGAGUUGCCUGUGAAUGUUCAGGGAAACAGUGGAACGGACAUUUUGACAUCAGGAUAUCUAUCACAAUAAGAAAUGUAAUGUGGCGUCCAGCUUGCAUUGUCACAAUUUUAAAUAUUCUGUGUAUAGGUCAAUUAAAUAAAACAAUAACCAAUAACAGCAAUACAUAUUCUAAGAAUGACUAAAUAUAUUUGAUUGUGUUUAAAAUUAUAUGUAUUUAGAUGCUAUUUAAAUAAAAAAGACUAAUUAGAGGCUGAUUUCUGAGGUUACUUUAAAGUGAAAGCAAGAUACUCACAAAGCUCAGGUCUUCUGCAUCUUUACAACAAGCGAGACAAAUGAAAAUGUGUUU